GUUCCUUCAAACCAGCAUGGAUGAGCUCAUGUCGACAAUCCGAUGGGACUUGCUGUGGCAAGCGAUCACGCAGCGCAUUUACAAAGACAUCAUUCGGCCCCACAUCCUCUUGAAUGGCGACACAGACGAAUGGAUCGGUCGCGUCGCUGCAUUCGUUGCUAUGGGCGCCUCGCUCCGAUUGCUCCUAAGCAUUCAAGCAUCCAUCGCUGCAGGGACGUUGUCCGGAGUCACGGCCGCCGCUCUCGUGUACUUUCGUCGGCGAUGGUGGGCCAGCCGCCGCACCAGCAGCAGCGUUCAGCACCUUACAUCCGACUCGACGUCCACGUGCUCCUUAAGGCAGUAACACAGGUAUAUGGUCCAUGCACACUUCUGCCUAAUGGACGACAUGAUCCUCAUUAAACAAUACGACAAGCUCUCGUCUACGCGACGGAACUCCUGUCGACUGGACGGUGUACGUCCAUUACGUC